AUCAUCCCCUUCUUCCCUCCGGUGUCCCUUAAACCCCUCUCUCUCUCUCUCUGUUCAUUAUCCAUUCCCAUUCUCUCUCUAAAAUCCUCUUCUCUCUCUCAGUUAAAUGCCUCCUCGUAACACCCAUGGCAAGCCCAAAGGCGAUAAGAAGCAGAAGAAGAAGGAAGACAAGGUUCUUCCCGUCGUUUUGGACAUCUCCGUUCACCUUCCCGAUGAGACCCUUGUUGUCUUAAAGGGAAUAUCCACGGACAAGAUAAUCGAUGUUCGUCGCCUGUUAUCCGUCCAGACUGAGACUUGCAAUAUUACCAAUUUCUCCCUUUCUCAUGAGGUAAGAGGGCCACGUUUAAAGGAUUCAGUGGACGUUUCCGCACUCAAGCCUUGCACCCUAACGUUAGUCGAAGAGGAUUACAACGAGGAGCUUGCGGCGGCGCACGUCCGGCGACUCCUCGACGUCGUCGCUUGUACUACGUGUUUUGUAUCUUCGCCGUCGGGGAAGGAUCAGAAUGGCGGUAAGCUCGACGGCAAUGGCAGGAACUUGUCCAGUGCACUUGAUAAGAACUCUAAGAAGUCUUCGACCUCCGCCGUUUCUGCCUCCGUUAAGCCCGACGGCUCUGUGGCCAAGCAAGACGAGGCGGACACCGAAAUCAGUCAUUCCUGCCCUAAACUUGGAACGUUUUACGAUUUCUUCUCACUCUCUCAUCUCACGCCUCCUCUCCAAUUUAUACGUAGAGUAACUAAGCAGCAGGUCGAUGGGAUUUUGCCAGAUGAUCAUCUGUUUUCGCUUGAAGCGAAGGUUUGCAACGGGAAGGUUGUGCGUGUGGAAGCUUGCCGGAAGGGGUUCCUUAGUGUUGGAAAACACCGGAUUUUGAGUCACAACCUGGUUGAUUUGUUACGCCAGCUUAGUAGAGCCUUCGAUAACGCAUAUAGUGAUCUCAUCGAAGCAUUCUCAGAACGCAACAAGUUUGGAAAUCUUCCUUACGGCUUUAGAGCCAACACAUGGCUUGUUCCUCCUGUGUCAGCACAGUCCCUUUCAGUUUUCCCUCCUCUGCCUGCGGAGGAUGAAAUUUGGGGAGGAAAUGGAGGUGGUUUAGGAAGAGACGGUAAAAGUGACUUGACACCAUGGGCCAGUGAGUUUCUAUUUCUUGCAUCUAUGCCUUGCAAGACGGCAGAAGAAAGACAGAUUCGGGAUAGAAGGGCUUUCCUUCUGCACAGCCUUUUUGUUGAUGUUGCUAUUUUUAGAGCCAUUAAAGCAAUCCAACAUGUUAUAGGAAUGUUAAAGGAGGACCAUUUAGUUUCAGAGGAUGAAGUUCUUUUUACUGAAAGAGUAGGGGAUUUAAAAGUUACCGUUAGAAAGGAUGUUCCUGAUGCAAGUUGUAAGGUAGAUACGAAAAUCGAUGGAAUUCAAGCCCUUAAAAUGGACCAAAAGAACCUGGUGGAAAAGAAUUUAUUGAAGGGAAUCACUGCUGAUGAAAAUACCGCUGCCCAUGAUUCUGCAUCCCUAGGUGUCGUAAAUGUGAGAUAUUGUGGUUAUAUCUCCAUCGUGAAAGUUGAGGGGAAAGAGAAUGAGAAUGUUAGUUCUCAGUAUCAAAGCAUUGAACUUCUUGACCAGCCUGAAGGUGGGGCUAAUGCCCUUAACAUUAACAGCUUGAGAUUAUUACUUCACCAAACCACACCUUCAGAGCAAAACAAAUCUCCCACACAUAUGCAAAGUAUGGAACAAGAAGAGCUUGGUGCUGCUCAAGCUUUUGUAGAGAAACUACUAAAUGAAAGUCUUGCCAAGCUCGAAAAGGAGGAUACGCGAUCUAAUCAUUUUGUUAGAUGGGAACUUGGAGCCUGCUGGAUUCAACAUUUGCAAGAUCAAAAGAACACUGAAAAAGAUAAGAAACCAUCCAGUGAAAAGGCCAAGAGUGAAAUGAAGGUGGAGGGACUUGGGAAACCUCUCAAGUCUCUUAAGAGUAGCAAAAGGCAAGAUAUGAAAACUUCGAAGACGCAGACAGGAAAUGAUUCCAGGUUAGAUGGCAUGACUAGUGAAGUCAACAAUGCUACCUCGUGUGAAGAUGAAAACGAAACAAAUUCAAAAGAGAAUGAAAUAGCAUUAAGAAGGAAGUUGUCUGAAGAGGCCUUUGAUCGGCUGAAAAAUCUGGACACUGGUUUGCAUUGCAAAUCACUGCAAGAACUAAUUGACUUGUCCCAGAAUUAUUACGUGGAAGUUGCUCUUCCGAAACUGGUAUCAGAUUUUGGUUCAUUGGAACUUUCACCAGUAGAUGGCCGUACUCUAACAGAUUUCAUGCACACAAGAGGUCUUCAGAUGCGUUCACUGGGUCAAAUUGUCAAGCUUUCAGAAAAGCUAUCGCAUGUGCAAUCACUUUGCAUACAUGAGAUGAUAGUACGAGCUUUUAAGCAUAUCCUCCGGGCUGUCAUUGCCGCUGUUAAAAUAGAUAAGAUGGCUGUUUCUGUCGCUGCCACGUUAAAUUUGCUCCUUGGCGUUCCUGAGAGUGGAGAACUAUUGGGGUCUUGCAAUGUCCAUUCCCUUGUCUGGAGAUGGCUGGAGCUAUUCUUAAUGAAGCGAUAUGAAUGGGACUUAAGCAGCUUCAACUUCAAAGAUUUAAGAAAAAUUGCAAUUUUGCGUGGCAUGUGUCACAAGGUGGGCAUUGAGCUGGUUCCACGAGAUUUUGAUAUGGAUUCUCCAUUUCCAUUCCAAAAAUCGGAUGUUGCAAGCCUAGUCCCAGUGCAUAAGCAAGCAGCAUGUUCAUCCGCAGAUGGAAGGCAGCUCCUAGAGUCUUCAAAAACAGCUUUAGAUAAAGGAAAACUUGAAGAUGCUGUAACCUAUGGUACAAAGGCUCUUGCAAAACUUGUUGCUGUUUGUGGUCCCUAUCAUCGCAUGACAGCAGGAGCUUACAGCCUCCUUGCUGUAGUUUUAUAUCACACUGGUGAUUUCAAUCAGGCUACUAUUUACCAGCAAAAAGCCCUGGAUAUCAAUGAGAGAGAACUGGGACUUGAUCAUCCAGAUACAAUGAAGAGUUAUGGGGAUUUAGCUGUUUUCUAUUAUAGACUUCAGCAUACAGAGUUGGCUCUUAAGUAUGUAAAACGCGCUCUCUAUCUUUUACAUCUCACUUGUGGCCCCUCUCAUCCAAACACUGCUGCAACAUACAUCAACGUGGCUAUGAUGGAGGAAGGGCUUGGAAAUGUGCAUGUUGCCCUCAGAUAUCUCCACAAAGCUCUCAAAUGUAACCAAAGAUUACUUGGCCCAGAUCAUAUUCAGACGGCUGCAAGCUACCAUGCUAUAGCAAUCGCUCUCUCGCUAAUGGAAGCAUACCCUUUAAGUGUUCAACAUGAGCAGACAACCUUGCAAAUUCUGCGAGCAAAGCUGGGCCCAGAUGACCUACGCACUCAAGAUGCUGCUGCUUGGCUAGAAUACUUUGAGUCCAAAGCUUUUGAACAACAGGAAGCUGCAAGGAAUGGUACUCGGAAGCCUGACGCGUCAAUAGCAAGUAAAGGUCACCUAAGUGUAUCAGAUUUGCUUGACUAUAUAAAUCCUAGUCAUGAUGCCAAAGGGAGGGAUUCAGCAGCAAAGAGGAAAAACUAUACUGUGAAGCUGAAGGGAAAAUCCGACCAGAGUAUGAGCUUGGCACAUAGCAACGAAUCUCCAAAAGAGACCUCAAAAGAGGUUUCUGAUGAAGAGACACAGAUACUUGAACCUGGACAUGGUCAGAGUACAGAUGAGGAAACUACCACACCAGUUGAAGCCCAGCAGCCCGUUAUUGAGGAAGCUACUGAAGAAAGGCCAAAAACAGCAGAUGAUGUCAUAUCUGAACACCACCCAGAAGGAGAAGAUGGAUGGCAACCAGUUCAAAGACCAAGAUCAGCUGGGUCUUAUGGACAGCGGCUGAAGCAACGUCGAGCUAGUUUUGGCAAGGUCUUUAGUUACCAGAAGAUGAAUAUGGAUGUCGACAGUGAUUCUCAUACACUGAAGAAUAAGAAUCCAAACAGUCGAUUAUAUGUUUUAAAGAAAAGAACAAUAUCCCAUGGGACUUAUACAGAUCAUCAUUCUAUGAAUUCCUAUAAAGGCUCCAAAUUUGGGAGGAGAAUAGUCAAAACUUUGACUUACAGGGUUAAGUCAAUAUCCUCAUUAUCAGAACCUGCAGCAGCAGUGGUGCCUGAAACUGGUGACAAGGUUGUCUCUGCAGUAGAGCCUGGUAGAAUUUCAACUCCAAACGAUGCUAGCUCAGUGAAGAAUACAAUAGUCAGCCUUGGAAAAUCACCUUCAUACAAGGAAGUGGCUGUAGCCCCACCAGGUACUAUUGCCAUGUUGCAGGUUAGGGUACCUCAGAGUGAUACAACUCGUGCUGAGGAACUCACAGUUGAGAACCAUGAAGAAAGAUCAGAUGAAAUGAAGGGAAUUUCUGAUAGUUCUAUUGUGGAAUCUCCUGAUUUCUUGAAAGAGGAAAAACCAGUUGAGAAAAAUGAUGAAACUGAAGCAGAAUGUGCUGUUGAAAAUAAUCCUUCUCAAAUAGUAUCUGAGACUGUGUUAGGACUUGAAUCUUGUGUUGUUGAUGAGAGUGAAGUUGUGGAGGACAAUGCACCUACUGAUAUCAUGUCCUAUCCUGUGGAAUCUCCAGAACAUAAACCCUCUGUAAAGGAUUUACCAAGUGGCUUUGAAUCUGAAAAUUUCGACUCCUCCCUUGAACAAGUUGAGGAUUUGAAGGACAAGUCGUUAAUUCUAUGUUCUGGCGAGACUCGAGGACUCAUUAACAAGAAAUUAUCUGCUUCUGCAGCUCCAUUUAACCCAUCGCCAGUUAUCAUGCGUGCUGCACCUGUAGCCAUGAAUAUAACAAUUCCUGCUGGUCCUCGUGCCAUUCCACCUAUUGCAACUUGGCCAGUAAACAUGAAUAUUCACCCAGGUCAUGCUUCAGUUUUACCAACAAUUAAUCCAUUAUGCUCCUCUCCUCACCAACCAUACCCUUCCCCUCCACUAACUCCUGGCAUGAUGCAAUCCGUGCCCUUUAUGUACCCUCCUUAUUCCCAGCCACAGGCAAUACCAACUUACUCUCAACCUUUAUCUGUCCCCGGUUAUUCCCAACCAGUACCGACCAGUACAUUUCCUGUAACCACCAGUGCGUUCCAUCCCAAUCAUUUCACUUGGCAGUGCAAUGUGAACAAUAACACAUCGGACUGUAUUCCUGGCACAGUUUGGCCUGGUAGCCAUCCCCCAGAGUUUUCUGUCCCGUCACCUGUUGAUCCUGCUAAUGAUUUCAUGAAAGAUCCAAACGUCAACUGUGAUGAUUCUUUGAAAGUUCUACCAGCAGAUAUCGACAGCCUAGAAGCUAAAAAAGAAAACAAUUCUCUUGGUUUAGAACGUGCUGAAGAGAAGUGUCAUUCAAAUCCAUGCAUGGUUGAAACUUCAACCAUUGAACCCAUACAAAAAUCCAUUUUAAAUGGAAAUGGAGAAAGUGGUAAAGAAAAUGUUGAUGGUGAGAAAACCUUCAGCAUUUUGGUAAGGGGAAGAAGAAACCGGAAACAAACUCUCAGGGUGCCAAUUAGUUUGCUAAAUCGACCUUAUGGCUCACAGUCGUUCAAAGUAAAUUAUAACAGAGUGGUCAGAGAAAGUGAUCUUCCCAAGUUUACCAGCUAUUCAGCAGGCAAAGAAUGUACGGCUAGUGCAACAUAGCUGUAGCUUGUGCCAUUCUUGCGAACAGAUGUUUCAACGAUAGACAAGGAUAUUGCUGAUAUUAUGUCCUGUGAGCAAAUGGAGUAACUGGAACUGGAUGUCUUCUGGCUUCAUGUUUACGUAUCAUCCCUGCCUUGUCAGUUUCAUGAUUCAAACAGACUUCUGAGAAAAAUUGAGGCAUGAUAGCAUGUGGUGAAUAAUUAAGCUGCUCUGAAGGUGAUAUUUGCUUUCAUUAUAUGGUUAGGAACUGGAUCACGGCAUCCAAAGAUAAGUUGGUUUCUGGCUCUGGAAUAGUGAUAGCAGUGAUUUUGGUAGGGUAGUUUAAAAGUGUAUACCACUGAUUAUUUCAUUUAUGUUUGACCCAUAAACUUAAUUUUUAUUUUCUGAUCAAGUUGAUUAGAACCUUUUUGCAUGUUCUAAUGACAUAACAAUGAAUCAAAGAAUAAGGAACUUUUCCCAUUAAUAUCUUAAGAUCUCUAAUGAUGUCUGAUCU